AUGGAAAAGAAAGGACCGGUGACAAAGGAGAAUGUAUCAAAGAAUGUUACCUGUACAACGACUACAGCAUACUUUUUGUUUAUGAUUGCAGUUGUUGCAGUAGUGAUGUCAUCAUUUAUAACUUAUUGGGUAACAAAAGAAGCAUAUGAUCGAUCGCUUGAAAUAAGGCCUUCCGCUGAUGCCCAACAAGUAAUCGCAAAUGUGUCAGUGGAUGAGUCGCCAAUAGAAGAAAUGUUUAGUGGCCCAACUGCAGCUGAAUUACGCAUACCGAAAGAUAUUGUGCCUAUAUGGUACAAUUUGACGAUUAAAAUAUACUUGCCCGGUUAUGUGGAGAUUCCAGCAAGUAAAAAUAUGACAUUUGAUGCUGCGUUGAUUAUCAAAUUUCGGGUUGAUGAGAUGACCGAUAAAAUUGUUCUCAACUCUUUAAAACUGGAUUUUCCUGAUAACUUGGAGGAAAUCAAGAUUUUGCAGGAUAAAGCUAUCGGUACAGAGCAGUUCUCGAGGACGCGGCGAAGUUUGGAAAACAUAACUUUAGAGGAAAACAUAACUCUUACUACUACCGCUAGAACAAUUGAAAUGGAAGAAGUGGAAACUACAAUAGAAAUGGCAGAGAAUGAAACAGGAAGUUCCACGUUUAUACCGGAUAUGAAUUUAGAAGAUGCGGAAGUAGAGAACAUAACUACAGACCAAAGACCUAAGAGUACUAAAGUUACUGCUGGUGUUCAGGUGAAGAAGAUUGUUGUAAACGAAACAUUAGAAAUGGUAACAUUGUGGUUGGAUGGAAAAUUGAACAGAGGCCAAGAAUAUUAUUUACAGAUAGCUUAUUCGGGUCCAAUUCAUAUAAAACUUGCUGGUUUGUAUUUGAGUCGAUACCAGAAUGAUCGAGAUAUGACAAGGUUUGUAGCAGUAACACAAAUGGAGCCAACAGACGCUCGUCGUAUGGUUCCAUGUUUUGAUGAACCAGAAUUCAAAGCUAUUUGGAAGAUCAGAGCCAUUCAUCCUAUUGGCACUUCGGCUGUAUCCAAUGGAAUCGAAAUCAAAAGUGCUGAAAAAACGGAUAGUCCGGACUGGGUAGUUACUUCAUUCAUCGAGUCACCACCUAUGGCAUCCUACCUGCUGGCAUUGGCUGUUACUGAUUUUGACUACAUUGAAGGGACCACAAGCAUGGGAACAAGAUUUCGAAUUUGGUCUCGCGAAGAAGCUUUAAAUCAAACAGUUUAUGCUCUCAGAGCAGGAAUUUCAGCUUUAGAAUUUUACGAAGAUUAUUAUAAUAUUUCUUUUCCACUUAAAAAGCAAGAUAUGAUAGCUCUGCCAGAUUUUGCUGCUGGAGCAAUGGAAAACUGGGGUUUAAUAACUUAUCGUGAAAAGUAUCUGCUUUAUGAUGAAAGACUUUAUACAGCAAGUCAGAAAGCUAGUGUCGCUUUGGUAGUCGCACAUGAAUUGGCUCAUCAGUGGUUUGGUAAUUUGGUGACGAUGAAGUGGUGGAAUGAUCUGUGGUUAAACGAAGGCUUUGCAACCUUUAUGGAAUAUCUGGGUGCCGAUGCAAUCAGCAAAGGCAGUUUCCGCAUGGGUGAUUAUUUCUUGCAAGACGCCGUGAAAAAAGCAUAUCGGCGUGAUGGGCAGGCUACUUCUCAUCCUUUAUCAUUUCCAAUUGAUAAAGCUGAAGACGUGAGUGAGGCAUUCGACGCGAUCACAUAUGAUAAGGGUUCCGCAGUAAUAUUUAUGAUUCAACAUGUGAUGGGAUCUGAUAACUUCAAAAAAGGAUUACAUAACUACUUAGAGAACCACAAAUACCGCAAUGCAGAUCACGAUGAUUUAUGGAGUGCUCUCAAUGAAGCAGUCCCGGAUACAUUGCUGUCGUGGGAGGGUGACAAACUUGACAUACGAGACUUUGCAUCCAAAUGGACCCAACAGAUGGGAUACCCAGUGGUUGAAGUGCGCCGGAUUGAUGGGAAAAAAGUCGAAUUGCGUCAAAAACGUUUCAAAUGGGACGAGGAUGCACUUGAACGUGAAAAAUUUCGCAAUGCUAGGUUUUGGUAUAAAUAUGAUAUACCGAUAUGGUAUGCAGUAAAUGGAGAAGAAAUGCCGAUGACUUGGCUGCAUGAAUCUCAAGGCUUGGAUGUGAGCGAAGAAGACCUAUUGGUUUUAAAUUCUGGCUCCAAAGGUUUUUAUCGAGUCAACUAUAAUCUAGAAUUAUGGCUAAAGAUAACUGAUCAGCUACUGAAAGAUCAUACGAGAAUUGAUGUGCGCACUCGCGCUCGGAUCUUGGAUGACGCUUUUGCUCUUGCGGAAGCAAACUUUAUUUCCUACGAAAUUCCAUUAAAUCUAACAAAAUAUUUAUCAAUGGAAGAGGAAUUUCUUCCAUGGAGAAUGGCCUUAAAUGGCAUUGGUACUAUUGUCGAGAAUUUUGGUGAUGAACCUGAGACUCAGCAUAUUAGAGAUUACUUGGAGCCGCUGCUUAUUCAAUUAUACAAUCAAAUCGAUUGGAGAACUUUGGAGAUAUCCUAUCUGGAUGACGAACUUUUCUUUGAAAAUGAAUUGCGCUAUGCGAUCAUUCGACAAAUGUAUUAUAUGCGGAAUAUAAAUUGUACGGAAAAGCUGUAUGGCUUGUUCCUCAAAAAUUUUUUGGAUUUGUGUCAAGAUGAAAAUGCUCUAAGCAGUGAAUGUAGCAGAAUUCCAAUACCAGUACGAUCGCAAGUCUACUGUGAAGGCGUACGCAUAGGUGCGGAGAAGAUAUGGAACAAAGUGUUUCAACUUUAUAAACGUGAGCGAGUUCAAGUGGAACGAGAACGCUUGCUUGGAGCUCUGACAUGUUCCCGCGAUUCAUUCACUCUUAAAACAUUACUAAAAAUGGCAUCUGAUUUGAAUGAUUCAUCGAUUCGAUUACAAGAUACGCCGCUCACAUUUGGGUAUGUUAGUGCUGGAGAUGUCGGCCGUUUGAUCAUCUUCGAUUAUUUCCAGGACAACUGGCUUCAACUCUACACAGAUAUGAAAGAGCAGCAGAGUUUCUUACGAAAAAUUAUUAUGAGCUCAACGUCAGUAUCAAACGAAAGACAAAUUGCCCAGCUUGAAGCUUUCAUUAAAAAGUACAGGAAAGAUACGAGUAAGCUGGAUGUAUUUGGACAACAGCUGGAAACGAGUAGAACUGCAAAGUUAUGGCGAGACAGAAAUCUAAGAACGCUUACGGAAUGGUUUAGGAAGCAUAAUAUGAAAAGUAUUUGA